AUGAAGUUCCAAUCAAUUGUUUUAUCUCUGACUGUCGUCGCGGCUUCUGUAAUUUAUGCUCAAGCUUGCACAGUUUUUUUGAUCGGUACUGCGUAUUCAAGUCAAACUGGCAACGUAGGAGGUGGAUGUUUUGGUUUGGGCGGCGAUAACAAUGUAACUAGUGCUACGACCAGUGAUCCUAAUACCACAUACAUCUUUUACUCUGACUACGGCUGCCAAGGAACGACACUUGGUAAUGGCACUGAUGCUACCAAUUUCAGUCCCGCGAUAGUGUAUCCCUACUCAAUCUUUGUAGUAUGUCCAGGUUCAUCAUAA